AUGGAAAGGGAAAAAAAUAUCAUGGACGAAGCCAUAAAACCGCAAGAUGCUUCAUUUUAUGGAAUGAGUGGUGUUCAUAAGCGAUCCGCUUGCGUUCUUACAGACAUAACGAAUGUUAAUCAAGAAACGGUACAACAAGUUCCUUCUGAAAAAAGGAAAUUGCUACAUGAUGCUUUUAAUACACGACGUGUUGUUCGGACGCAAUCGAGUUGGAUUCUCAGUGAUGUUUCAAAUGGAGAAAAACAAGCAAUUGAAAAGGGAAAGGGAAUUAUCAUCGAACACGGAACAUCGCAUGAAGACGCAUUUCAUGGAAUCCGCGGUUUUCAAACUCCAUUGAGCUGCGUUACAUCGGACAUACUUAAUGAUUCUGAGUAUGUUUCCAACGACGACAAUAGCGAUGAUUCAGCUGAUUAUGAAGAUUACGACGAUCUGGGAGAUCAGUCGUAUGAAUGUCAAUCGUGUGGUGCAAUGAUGUGGUACGCUGAGCGCCUUGAUAAGCACAGGAACACAUCGAGACCCGAGCAGAGCAAACAUUUUCAGGACAAUAUUCGUUCUUACAACAUGAUGUUUGCUUUCACAUCACUUGGCGGAAAGGUCCAAACAUCUAUUAAUACGGGUGCUGGACCAUACACAUUUUUACUUAAAGGUCAGAAUUACCACCUGUUGGGUAGUAUGUUACCAGAGGAAGGUGCACGACGUAAAUUCGCACAACUUUACAUCUUCGAUACGGAGAAUGAAGUCCGCAAUAAAAUUGAUGCUGUCAGGUCUGGAAAUGGCUCAAACAACCUUGAUACUCAAAUUGUUGCAUCCUUGAAGGAUAUGAUCGACGAGAACAACGUCCUUGCUCAGUCGUAUAGAGCUGCCCGUGAUCGAUUUUCGAGAGAAGGCCUGCAAGGUGUUAAGCUAAAGCUGGUUAAGAGUCGUAGCACCGAUGGGAGGACUUACAAUCUCCCUAAUGCGAGUGAGAUAGCAGCGUUGAUAGUUGGAGAUUUUGACACGCAAGAGGGUGUUAGAGACAUUGUGGUUGAGACUCAGUCCAAGAAGUUGCAACGCAUUAGUGAACUGCACCCAUUGUACCUGCCGUUCCAGUAUCCGCUCAUAUUUCCUUACGGGGAAGAUGGAUAUAGAGAGAAUAUUGACUUGAGAGACUCUUUUCGAGGUAACAGUGGAAAACGAAAGAACUUAACCAUGCGAGAAUACUUUGCUUACCGUUUCCAAAAAAGAAGCAUCGACAGUCCAGUACUGCUGAAUUCAAAAAAGUUGUUCCAACAGCUUGGAGUGGACGCGUAUUCCAUGAUUGAGUCGCAAAGGUCGAAUUUUAUUAGGCACAACCAGGACCAGUUGCGUGUGGACAUGUACAAAGGCAUUGAAGAACGUUUUUUCAAAGGGGACACUGAGGGAAAAUCAGUUGGAAAAGGCAUAAUUCUGCCAGGUUCUUUCAUUCCUGGACCUCGGUACAUGUUCAAUAAUUUUGUCGACGCACUUCAAAUUUGUAACUCGAUUGGUUUUCCAUCAUUGUUCAUAACUAUUACAUGCAACCCACAAUGGCCUGAAAUACAGAAGGUCCUCAAUGAUACAAGUCUCAGACCGGAGGAUCGCCCUGAUAUUCUAUGUCGCGUAUUCAAAAUGAAGUUGGACAAUGUGUGUACUAUAGAAUUUCAGAAACGUGGUCUGCCUCAUGCACAUAUAUUGUUGUGGUUGGAUAACGAUGCCAAACCUAAGUGCUCCGCCGACACCGACAGGAUGAUCUGUGCGGAAAUUCCAGACAAAAAAACCGACAGAAAGAUGUACAACUUGGUUGAGAAAUACAUGAUACACGGCCCGUGCGGCCAUGCGAAUUUGAAUUCACCUUGCAUGAAGGAUGGCGUUUGUACGAAGAGGUUUCCAAAAAAGUUUGUACAGCGAACCGAGGCCGACCCAGAUGGUUACCCGGUAUAUAGGAGAAGGGAUGAUGGAAGAACGGUUAGGAAGAAGAAUACUAUUCUUGAUAAUGGAGUUGUGGUUCCCUACAACCGUGUGUUAUUGAGUAAAUACCGAGCCCACAUCAAUAUUGAGUUGUGCAACCAGAGCAAGUCAAUAAAGUAUUUGUUCAAGUACGUCAACAAGGGACACGAUCGUGUCACGGCAAUAUUUUUCCAACCUCCAUCUACGGACGUUGAUCCUGCUGUUCGUGAUGAAAUCAAAAUGUAUUAUGACUGCAGAUAUUUGUCUGCGUGCGAGGCAAUGUGGAGGAUAUUUGCAUUUGAGAUACAUUACCGAGAUCCACCCGUCAUUAGAUUGAGUUUCCAUCUCCCCGACAAUCAACCGUUGGUAUUCAAUGAGAACCAAUCAUUAAAGAGUGUCUUGGAAAGGCCAACCGCGAGGCAAACCAUGUUUUUGGCGUGGUUUGAGGCGAACAAGACCUACCCACCAGCUAGGGAGUUACGGUACGCAGAGUUUCCCCAACAUUAUGUGUACAAGGAUGAUUCUCGGGUGUGGGUGCCAAGAAAGAAGAGGUUUGCCAUUGGAAGAGUCACCAAUGUGCCCCCGACAAAGGGAGAAGACUUUUAUCUUAGAUUGUUGCUCAACGUCCAAAGAGGGUGCAAAAGUUACGAGGACAUCAGAACGGUGGGUGGCAAUGUUUACGCAACGUUUAGGGAUGCGUGCUAUAUUUUGGGGUUGUUGGAAGAUGACCCUGCAAUUAGAGAGGCAUAUGGUUGGGCAAACGGACACUUCCUCAGAUUGAUGUUCGCUGUUAUGUUGCUUUCUAAUAGUUUGAGCAGACCGGAACAUGUUUGGGAGAAAUGUUGGUCCAAUUUGUCUGAUGAUAUUACAUACAAGCACCAGAAACGUCAUAAUAAUCCAGAUUUGACUCUAUCGAAUGAUAGUUUGAAGAACUACGCGUUGAUAGAAAUCGAGAAGAUCCUACAGAGCAACGGCAAGAGCUUGCGGAAUUUUGACUCUAUGCUGAUGCCACUAGAUUCGUCGAUGGAUGACACGGAGAACCGAUUAGUGCUCGAUGAGUUGGACUACGAUGUAUUUGCGAUGGCUGAAGAACUGAAACGAUAUCUUUCUUCUAUCACACAUGAGCAGAGAAGGGUCUACGAUGCCAUCAUGGAUGCUGUGUCGAAGAAUUGUGGCGGGAUGUACUUCCUCUACGGUCACGGAGGUACCGGAAAGACAUUUAUAUGGAGAACGUUGUCCGCUGCUGUCCGUUCGAAGGGGGAAAUAGUUCUUAAUGUUGCUUCGAGUGGCAUAGCAUCGUUGCUGCUUCCCGGUGGCCGGACCGCUCAUUCUAGAUUUGGACUCCCCAUCAUUGUGCACGAUGGUUCCACCUGCAACAUUACACAGCAGAGUCCACAAGCAGAAUUGCUUAUAAAGGCGAGGCUCAUUAUAUGGGACGAGGCACCGAUGAUGCAUAGAUAUUGUUUCGAAGCGCUUGACAAGACCUUGCGAUCUAUCACGCAUGUUCCCAAACCAUUCGGUGGCAAGGUUGUCGUUCUUGGCGGAGACUUUAGACAGAUUUUACCUGUUGUACUGAAGGCAUCAAGGCAGGACAUUGUUGACGCUACGAUCAACUCAUCUCAGCUUUGGGAAGAAUGUAAGGUUCUUAAGUUGCAUACGAAUAUGAGGCUUCAAUCAAGUUCUAAUCCAUCGGAAGUUGAAGAAGUAAAAGAGUUUGCUGAUUGGAUACUGAGUAUCGGUAAUGGGGAGGCGGGAGAGCAAAACGAUGGUGAAGCGUCUGUUGAGAUUCCCGAGGACAUGCUAAUUCCCGAUUCCGAAGAUCCAUUAUUGGAGUUGUUGCAGUUUGUAUAUCCGGAUUUGUUGAGUAACAUAUCAAAUCCCGAUUACUUCCAAGGGAGGGCGGUGCUUGCGCCGACUAAUGACUGCGUUGAGUUUGUCAACGAAUACUUAUGUUCCCUCCUUCCCGGCGAAGAGAAGUUGUACCUCAGUGCGGAUAGUAUGUGCAAGGAUGAGAUGAGUUCGGAAGAGAAUGCUCAAAUUUAUACGACCGAAUUCCUCAACACCGUGUCUUGCUCCGGUCUCCCUUCACAUAGGCUGAAACUCAAGGAAAAUGUUCCUGUUAUGCUCAUACGAAACAUCGACCAGGCGAGAGGCCUUUGCAAUGGAACCAGACUUCAAGUUGUUAGAAUGGGAACUCAUGUUCUUAGCUGCAAGGUUCUAUCCGGCAAAAAUACCGGUGAUGUUGUUUUCAUUCCUCGGAUGACGUUGGUCACGUCGAACUCUACUAUGCCAAUUAAGUUCCAGAGGCGACAAUUUCCACUGAUGAUUUCCUUUGCAAUGACCAUCAACAAGAGUCAGGGUCAAACACUUUCCCACGUUGGUUUGUAUCUACCCAGACCUGUAUUCAGCCACGGUCAGUUGUACGUUGCACUCUCGAGAGUCAAGAGUAGAUCUGGCAUAAAGAUCCUAAUCAAGUCCGAAUCCGGUGGGUUGUCGAGUUCAACUAGCAACGUUGUUUACAAAGAAGUAUUUCAGCGCAUAUGA